AUGAAAAAUCGAAAUUUGAGUUCAUCACGAAUUAUAGCUUUGUCAAGCGAACUUGACACAUUAAAUAAUGAAAUAGAGAUGCUACAGAACGAUUUAGCCCAACCAUCUUCUUCUGAUUCAGAAGAUAACGAUCAAAAUUAUUUAGUGACUACAAUGGAUGCAAAUAAGCAAAGUCCAUAUGUCGGAAAGGCUGAUAAGAACAGACUAUUUAAAGAAUCUAUCGAAAUUUUAGAAAAAAGAACUCAUCACGCCUCUAAUUUAUUUCAAGAUGACGAAGAUUUUGCAUUACCUCGCAAGAACAUUCGUAUUAAAAACUACAAACCGCCAAGUGAACGAAUAAAUGAGUCAUUUCAAAAGAGAAAUGAAACAAUUCGACUUGCAAAUGAAGAAAAAGAACGCGAAUUUCAAGAAACAUAUACUUUUCAUCCUAAAAUCAAUCCACGACUUAAAAAUGAUAAUUACACAACAGAUCAUCUCAUUCAUCCUCAAAAAAGAGCUCAAACGCCACGAAAAGAAACUCAUAAAAGAUUAAUAAACAAAAAUUCUGAGAAAAUUGCCGAAAAGUAUCAAUCAACAAAUGGAGAUGACUUUAUGCUUAGGCAAUUCAAAAAACAAAGAUCUGCAAGCGUUUCAAACGCUAAUUCUUCAUUUUCAAGGAAAAUUACUCGAGAUGAACAGCGUGAUAUCAUAGAAAACCUUUCAAGACCUCGAAAGAGAGUUACAGAGCAAUCGAUAACUUUAGAAAAUUCACUAUCAAAUACAACUCCGCGUAAAAAACGUUCUGAUCCUUAUACUUUUGAAAGACUUGUUCAGCAAAGCAUGAGGAAAUCUACAGUAGAUGAUGUUCCCAUUGAAACAACGAUCAAACCGGUGAUGAACCAAAGAUCUCGCCAAUUAACAAUGAAUACGAAGUCAAAUGUAUUCGAAGAAUCGGUUUCAUCAAUAUCUAGGCGUGAUCGCCUUGCAGCAGAGCAAAGAAACUGGAAAGAACAACAAGAAUUAUCUGAAUGUACUUUUAAACCGAAGAUAAUCAGAAGACAUCCUCCUCCACAGUUUUAUGAGCGUGUUACAGUUCCAGGAAUGGACGGACACGUUGAAAGAUUGCGUAAAAAGAGAGAAGAUGACGAAAAACUUGCAAAUGAGAUUAUGGAAGAGGAAUAUCCUUCGAGGUCGACAUAUCGAAGCUUUGUUUCGCGUCCAUUUUCAUUCGAGACAAGGUCUGGCCAAAGAAACAUUCAGCAAGAAAGAGAAGUUGACAAUAUUCUUUCCGAAAUUAACCAGCUUCUACAGCUUCCGUAA